AUACAGAGCUCUGACUUUAUUCACUUCUAAUUGCGGAGUCGCUGUCUCUUUGCUGAGAUGUCCCGGACACUCCCUGUGCAGAUGCACCUGACCUACAGUGACCUGGCCGUGUACUUUUCAGAGGAAGAAUGGAAGGAUCUGGAAGGUUGGCAGAAGGAGAUGUACAAAGAAGUCAUGAGAGACAAUUACGAGAAUCUCCGCUCUCUUGGAAUUCAGGUCCCCAAACCAGAUGCGUUCUUUAAGUUCCAAAGUGGAAAGAAAGAUGUCAGGGAAGCCAUCCCACCAGAUACCGGAUCAACAAACGAGAAACAAGUUGGACCUAAACUUCAGCCAAUUGUCUUGCAGCCCCAGGACCUUAUUACGGAAUCUAAGGCAAAGACUUCUGACGGCAAAUAUCCAAAGUGUCCGAAAUGCGGAGACCUAGAGGACUGCACCUGUUAUGUGUAUAAAUGCAACGCAAAGAAACCAUACAUCUGUAUAGACUGUGGCAAAUCCUACAGAAAACACUCGCUGCUUAUCGUGCACCAAAGGAGCCACUUCAAAAGCCAAGCCUUCAAGUGCCAGUGUUGUGAGAAGAGUUUCCUGAAGCCGUCCCACUUACAGAGACACAUGAAGACCCAUCAGAAGUACAAGUGUCCCGAGUGUGAGGAGUGCUUCAGAAACAUGACUCUCUUUUAUAAACACGUGAAAUCACAGCACAAAGGGAGAGGAUACAGGUGCCACACAUGUCAAGAGUUCUUCCAGUUCCGUUCAGAUAUUGUGAAGCACAGAGAAUCCCACAAGACAGUCCAUCAGUGCGGACAGUGUAAGGCAGUCUACACAAGACUUGGUUCUUUGCAGAAACACAUGAGCCAUCAUUUUCCUCAUGAAACCAACAGUCAUGGUACCUGCCGCUCAGAAAAUGGGGAGAUUCAGAAGUUCUCUCAUACAACCACCAGUCAUGGUAGCUCCAGCUCCGAGAAUGGAAAGACUCUUACAUUCCCUCAAACAACCAUCAGUCAUGGUAGCAACUCAGACAAUGGAAAGAGUUGUGCUGUUCCUCAAACAACCACCAGACAUGGUAGCAACUCAGAGAAUGGGAAGAGUCGUGAUGUUCCUCAAACAACCACCAGAAAUGGUAGCAACUCAGAGAAUGGAAAGAGUCAUACAGUUCCUCAAACAACCACCAGUCAUGGUAGCUCAAGCUUAGAUAAUGGAGAGACUCUAAUGUUACUUCAUACAACCAUCAGUCAUGGUACUUUCAGCUCAGAAAAUGGAGAGAUGCAGAGGUUCCUACGUCUGAAAGGGAAGCACCGCAAAAAAAGAAGCCAAAGAGGUCAUCUAAGUUCUCAUCAUGUACAUGAGGUUCAGCAAAAUAAGUCACUGAAAAAAGAACUUGUAAAGCAAAAAGUGAACAAAUGUUCUUCCAACCAGGCAUUUAUGAACUUCAAAACAAAAGCCAGAAUUCCCAACAUUUCUAAGGAAAUCCCACAGAGACCGCAUUCCCGACGUCCGCAGAAAAUGAAAAACCGAAACAUUAAGCAGAAGUCAACCCAACAUAAAAUGAGGAACUUGACUGCCCCCUCUGUGUUUUCACCACACAAAUUGGGGCUCAUACCCCAGGCAAUGGCUCCUACGUCAAAAAACAAACUAUGGUCAUUAAAACCAAACGCGUAUCUUGAAAAAGCAGAAUUAUUUACCUGUAAAAAAUGCAAGAAGCGCUACAGGCAUAGCAAAUCUUUAUUCCGGCACAAGAAGUCUCACACGCAGAGGUUUAUGUGCCACACGUGUGGCAGGACCUUCCCUAAAUUGGUACAUGUGUAUCUUCACAGGAUGGUCCACAUUGUGAAAAAACGCUACAAUUGCAGGUUCUGCCAGAAACUAUUUAGCGUCAGGUCCCUUCUUCUGCUCCAUCAGAAGACUCAUAAACCCUAGGUUUAACGUCGGGCAGAAAGAUCUGGUUGAAAACACGGAUAGUAAAUGUCAUGGGCCGACUUCUGGCUUCACCCUGAACCAGGAAAAACCUAUGGAGAAUGAGGUCCACAAGCACUUAACAGAAUCUCUUCUUAGUGGAACGUUCUUAUCACCGCACACCCACCCCAGUUCCCUACUGUACAGCCAUUGGCACAAGACCCCCUGCAAGUGUAGGGACUACUUGAAAAACAUUAAUUACAGAGUUUAUGAUUACAGAGACGGUAAUUAAAAUAAUUUAUUUCAACUGUCCCCCCCCCCCCAACAUACAGAAAAAUAAUAUAUUUUAUAUGUUUCUAAUGUUACAUUGUUGCAGGGCUUGGCAAAUAAAUGUUUUUCACACA